AUGAAUGGAAAUGAAGAGGAUGAUGAGGAAAAUUUAUUUAAUGAUAAUAUUUCAAAUUCAUUGACUAUAGUUGAUGAUACUUCAAAUGAAGAUGAUAUUUUAAGAAAUAAUAAUGAAAUAAAACGGAGUUGGUUUUCUGCUGUUAAGGAAAAAAUAAAUCAAUUUACAGGAAUGGCUGAAUGGCUUAUGCAAUUAGGAGCAUCAAGUAAAAAUAAUUAUAAUGAUGAUGAUGUCAUAAGUGAAUUAACAGAAAUAACAAGUGAUGGUGACUCAAAAAAUGGAGAAUUUCUAGAGGAUGAAUUAAAAAUUGUCGAUGAUUGUAAUUCAAUUUUACCAGAUGAUUUUGACAAUUGGCUUGAUUUACAAAAAGAAUUAAUAAGUAGUACAUUAAAGUCAAAUAGUUUUGGAGAUUACCAACUACAAACCUUUGGUCCUCUGAAUGGACUAUAUCCUAUUGGAAAUAAUAUUAAAGGUGAAGGUCAUGAAUUUCAUCCAAUAAAAUUAUUUAAUCCAACAUGGUGUGAUAAAUGUGGAGAUUUUAUAUGGGAAUUAUUGCUAAAACAAACUGUACAAUGUAAAUAUUGCCAAUUUACCUGUCAUUUAAAAUGUAGUAAUUUAAUAACUCUUAAUUGCCCAAACAAUAAUAAUUUAAAUAAUGAAUUAAAUAGAUUAGAAGAAGAGACGGCAUUUUGGAGUAUGCCAUCAUCAAAUACAAUAUCAAUUGAUGGUUAUACUAAUGGUGAUUUGAUAGAUUUUAGUGAUUGCACUGAAGAAAAUAUUAAAGAUAAAAUAAUUAAAGAAAUAGUAAACGAACCAGUCACAAUAAAAAAUGAAAUAGUAAUCCCAAAUGAAGAAAAAGUUAAUAUUCAAGUAAUUUUUAAUUUUCGACGUCCAAUAAAUAUAAUAGAAAGGACAAAUGAAACAAUACAACUGGGAACGGGUUCUCCAACACUUUUAACGGGUACAAUAACAUCAAUUUACGUUCCAAAAAAUACGCCAAAAAAUGUAUCAAUUAAAGCAAACGUUAAAAUAUCCCGUUUUAUUUUACUUUUAUUAUCUAAAUUAAAAAUAGCAGAUAAUCCAAAAAAAUUUGCUUUUUAUAUAAAAUAUGAAAAUGGAAAGAUGAUUAAAAUUGAUGAUGAAGAUAAUAUAGGGGAUGUAAAAAGAAAAAUUGACAAAGAUGGUAAAUCUGUUGAUUUUGUUUUACAAGAAAAUGAUACAGGAGGAAUUAUUUGGGAAAGUUUUGAAUUACCAGAAUUAGAAAAUUUUUUAAAAAUUCUUGAUUUACAGGAAGAAUGUCAAAGACAACAAUUAAUUGAACAACAAAGAAUAUAUGCAUUUUAUUUAGAUAUGGAAUUAAAAUCAAGAGGUGUCAAUCUUUCUGAACUUGAAAAAUAA